AUAGCAUUAACUGGGGUUUGGUUUGGGGUUUGCUCAGGGCUGCUUCCGAACUCAGGAGGGUGCUUAAUCCCAGUUUUCUUCGUCGUAUAGCACGGAAGAAUCAGUCAAGCUCAGGAGGGAUAGCGCCAUGGAAAUGAUCUUUCUAAAUCUCUCCUCAUGAUUUUGAUCCUCCAUAGCGCUAUCCAUCCUGAGUUUCAUCGCUUCUUCUUGCUCCUCCCCUGUUCAUCCUCUACAGAGAAAUGCAGAGUCUUCUUCCUCUGUUUAACCGAUGACGUCUGAGCUUCUCAAUUUUCAACUUCAUUUAAGAUUUCAUCUUUCAAGCUUUUUUUUUUUUGUUUAUGCUACAAGUUUCUCUAAAGUUUCAUUGAUGGUUUUGUAUGUACAAUCUCAAGUUCUCUUUUUAUGUACUCCAAAAAUUUUCGAUAUGGAGGUUUCAGGUUUAAAUCUAUCAAACCGAGUUAACGAUUCAUGCUGAUGCACCGAAAAAACGAAGAUACGACCUCGAUGGAGCCAUUGAGGGAUUUCUCCAGAAGGGCUGGACUAGAUGAUUUUGACUUCCUUGCUAAAACUUCGCGUUAGUCACGCUCUCUUUCUUUUAUUUUUUCUUUUUAAAUUAAAAAAAAAAAAAGAAGAAAAAGAAGAAGAGUGUACAACACAAAGAGAAAAAUGCAAUUGCAUUUUGUAGAAUGUACACUUACUUUCUGAUAUUUUGUUUUAUAUUCAGGUUUCUGUAUCUCCACGCUCUCCUUUUUGCUUCCACUAGAAAAUCACUGUUGGCUGGUGCGCAUCCUGCAUCCAUAUCCCUUUCUUUUCUUGUUUUAUUUUUUGGACUAUGUAUCUUUAGUUGCAAGAGGAAAAAAAAAAAUGUCAAAUUUGUAUUCAAUCCCAGAUAGAAAUGUUUACUCACAAUAGUCAAGAAUGGUCAAACUCAGAAAGUGUUGUAAGCACUCUAUAAACAUUUCUGGUCUAGACUGACCUUUUUGGUUUUCCAAUUUGGACUUAUGUCGACAGGUAUUUAAUUAUUGGUUCACUAUCGAGGGGCUAGGGGCCAUCUCCUAAUCUUAUAAUUGAUGUAUUAUAAUGUUGUGUGGUUCGAAUGGUAAAAAAUAUUUUCUGAGAGC